CCUGCCGGAGUUACCUGAUGGAAGCCGGGACCCGGAGCAGGCUAAACUUGGGGCUCAGGAUAUAUGAAUGCCACCUACAUUGCCGCCCUACCGAACGAAUCUGGCAGAGAGGCGAGGAGUGCGCGCGUGAGCUGAGUGCUUACGUCGUUGCAGUGAGACCGGUGCUGGGAUAAUUAGAGAGGAGUUGAGCUGAACCGAGUUCGCCUUUCGGCAGCAGCAGCAGCGGGAGCCUCAGUCAGCAGCAGCUGCAGCAGCAGCAGCUGCAGCAGCAGCAGCAGCAGCAGCAAGAGGCGAGCGCCUGACUCCCAUCGUCCGGGCAGGCAAGCAGAGCGGUGGCCCGCGCCCCUCGGCAGCCACCCCACCGCGCCCACCACCCCGGCGGCCCCGGGUGCACAAAGGCGGAGGCCGCCCGCGUGGCCUUCACCACCAGGCGGUCAGUUCCCGCUCCUUCCCUUCUCUCUUGGGAGCGAGAAUGGCAGGGCUGAGCGAGGACCCGGGACAGAGGUGGCCCUAGCUUUGCACUCCUCUCUACCUCUCCUCCUGGGAGGGGAAGCGGGUUGGUCGUGGACUAUGUGGCCGCGGCUGCUCCCCAGUGCGUCCUCGGCCCGGGAACCCGCUACCGCCCCUCUUCUCUGCUGGAACCAUCCCACCGAGCGGAGUUGAUGCUGCUGUCGCCGCCGCCGUUGCUGAAACCGCGGCUGAUGGAUGCCAGGAAGUGCCGCAUUGCUUAGCGUCCCCGCCUCCGGGUUUGCUGACGCUCUUCCCCUGCUUGGAGCUCAGCGCUGAAGAGCCACCUUGUUAUUAAUCACAAUCCCCAUCGUUAUCCUUGACUGGAGCAUCCUUCGGUAGGGACCGCAGAAGCGUCAAAGUGCUGCGGCUGAGAUGUGCGUGGGGGUUGUUUUUGUUACAUCUUGGGAGAGAAGAGGACAGCACCAAGAUCAGCACCGCCCGUGCGGGGUGCGAUUAGGCGUGUUUUGUUAGGGGACUCAAAGGACGAGAAGAGGAGCGCUGGGACGGCCAAAGGUGCGCAUCUCUUUAGAGGAAAGGAAAGAGGGAACCAAAGUGGGGGCGGUUUUUCAAGGGAGUGGGAAAAGAAGUUUAUCUCCUUCAUAAAUAAAGCGGUGGGAAAGCGGGAGCAACAGGGUACUUGAUUGGACACAAAGACAAAUCAUUUCCUGUAAAGAAGAGGAAGCAGGAAUCUUCCAGGUCUGGAGGCCAGAGUGUGGUAGUGACAAGGGCCAGGUUUGUUGUGGGACAGUCAGCAGGAGGAAGAGAAGGCUCAGGAACAAACAGAACAAUGACUCACUUACAAGCUGGGCUGUCUCCUGAGACCCUGGAGAAAGCUCGCCUGGAGCUCAACGAGAACCCAGAUACACUGCACCAGGACAUCCAGGAGGUGAGGGACAUGGUCAUCACCAGGCCGGACAUUGGCUUCCUGCGCACGGAUGAUGCCUUCAUCUUACGCUUCUUGAGGGCCAGGAAGUUUCAUCACUUUGAGGCCUUUCGUCUCCUGGCCCAAUACUUUGAGUACCGGCAGCAGAACCUGGACAUGUUUAAAAGCUUCAAGGCCACUGACCCUGGCAUCAAGCAGGCACUGAAGGAUGGCUUCCCUGGGGGCCUGGCCAAUCUGGACCACUAUGGCAGGAAGAUACUAGUCCUUUUUGCUGCCAACUGGGACCAGAGCAGGUACACACUGGUGGAUAUUUUGCGCGCCAUCUUGCUGUCUUUAGAAGCCAUGAUUGAAGAUCCUGAGCUCCAAGUGAAUGGAUUUGUUUUGAUCAUAGACUGGAGUAACUUCACCUUCAAGCAAGCCUCUAAACUUACACCCAGCAUGCUGCGAUUGGCUAUUGAAGGCCUUCAGGACAGUUUCCCAGCACGAUUUGGAGGAAUUCAUUUUGUCAAUCAACCAUGGUAUAUCCAUGCCCUGUAUACUGUAAUCCGGCCUUUCCUAAAGGAGAAGACUCGGAAAAGGAUAUUUUUGCAUGGCAAUAACCUGAAUAGUCUACACCAACUAAUUCAUCCUGAGAUCCUGCCCUCUGAGUUUGGAGGAAUGCUGCCCCCUUAUGACAUGGGAACAUGGGCAAGAACACUGCUAGACCACGAGUAUGACGAUGACAGUGAAUACAAUGUGGACUCCUUCAGCAUGCCUGUGACAGAAGUAGAAAAGGAACUCUCCCCCAAGUCCAUGAAGAGAUCCCAAUCAGUAGUGGAUCCUACAGUCCUAAAACGCAUGGAUAAAAAUGAGGAAGAAAACAUGCAACCUUUGCUCUCUCUGGACUGAUAACUUCUCUACAUUUCCCGUGGAUUGGAAAAGAAAGGUACUUGUUUUCAGCAACAGAGACAGCACUGUGGAGGAAUUACCAGCUGGAAACUUAUUUAUUCUUGUUAAUGUAGCAUAAUAUAUAAUAAGACAUCAGGCUUUUCCAUUUGCCUGAACCAUGGGGGCCCUGGUCUGGAUGAAAAUGUCAAUAAUUUAUUCUGUAAGUGCCAAGUUCUUUGUAAAUAUAAUGUAAUCUUUAUGUCAAGUUUGUAAGUUUUGGUAAUAACUAAAAAUGGAAAAAAUUGGCUUAUGAGUCCUUGCCAGUGAUGUGAACUGUAACAACAAGAAAAAAGACACAUGGAUAAUCAAAGCUAAUUAAAUGUAGCCCUGUUUCCUAUGAAGCCAUAUUUCAGCUCUCAUAGUGGUCGUUUCAUUGUUUUUCUCUGAAACUCUGUCAUAUUCAAAUGUACUUUUAAUGGGCACAGGGAACUAGAUGAUUAUAGGGAAUUAUUAUGAUAAACAUAUUUCCUGUCUCGUGAUUUGCAUUUCACAGAAAAUGUAUUCUAGUGACUCUCGCUGGCCUUGUAUUUUGGAGACAAAGAAUGGCAGUUGAUCUGGUACACUGAACACUUGAACUCUUCAAUGUUAUUUAAUUCCUGGAUUCUUGUAAAAAGAUGUUUUCCCAAUUAAGAGGUAGAAUUUUGAAAGAGACUGGAUUCUUUUUAAACUGCUGUCUUCACAACGUGUCCUUUAUUCAAGACCCCACUGAAUCACUGUCUGAUGUACUUUAAGAACAUUUAUCCCUCAAAAAUUUUUGACCAAGAGAAAGAGAACUCAUACAUAACAGUGUUUUGACAGCUAAUUUUGAACAUAAAAAUUGCUACAUACAGAUAAGGGGCUAAUUUCUAAUUUAUUAUACACUGGUUUAUAAAACACCUAUUUGCACACAAACAUAUAUUUUUGCUGAGCUAUAAUAAAUCCUUGAUGUGACAGGCUUGUAAGAUAAAACAUACCUAUUCAACAGUCUUUAGAGAUGAUAUCGAUUAUUACAUGAGAUGCUAACUUUGGAAAACCACUUUUUCUAAAGUUAAUGAAAAUGAGUUGUAGUAAAACAGAUUUUUAGUGAACCUAUUGAAAGGAAUUCUAAUUCGUAAUACAAUCUUGAAUCCAUGCCAUUUUAGUGAAAUCUAUUUUUCUAAACAACUGGUCUCUACAUAGUGCAGGCAAUAUCAGGUGAUCAAGAAUAAUAAAGGUUUUCUCACAUUUAAGUGAAUUAUCCCAGUGAUCCUGUAAGUACAGAUUUUCUUUUCAGAAAAGAUUGAAAGAACAUAUUGCAUCCAGGAGAUACAACGAAAGCAUCUGAGGGCAUCUGAGAUAGCAUAACAUAGUUUAAAUAUACUCUAUAAUCCUUAUGUCAUUGAAAGUUUCUAUUUCAUAAAAAUUCUGCCAUCUUAGCACACUUUAAAUAGCUUACUUUAAAUUUCAAAUUCUAGUGUGAAAAAAAUCAAGAAUUUUACCACCUUUUCAGAUUGGUAAUUUUUGAUAUUGAGAAUUUACCAUUAAAAUAUUCUUUUGAAAGAAAAAUAUCUGCAGAAACUCUUGGAAACCAACAAAAAUAAAGAUGUGUAUCAACCUUUUCACACUUUUUAGCUAGAAGCUUAACACUUUUCAGUUGUAAUUCUAUAAUGAAAAAUCUUAAAUUCAAGAUCAGUACAGUCUACAGUAUCACCAAUGAACUAUUUAAUAUUUGUAAAAGUCUAUAAAUAUACAUGAAUAACGUGAAUGAAAGAUCCCUUAAAAAUGCCAGUGUCUAGUCAAGUAUGGAAGAUUAAUGACUCUCAGGUACUCUGUUCUACUCAUAAAUAUCAUAGAGGUGGGAAUGAAUUUAGUAUAAAAAGCUGCAACAACUCUUAUCUGUGUAAGAACCCUGACUAUUGCAUGUUUUGCCAACCUGACACACAUUUCCCAGUAUUGGGCUUUAUGUACUAUAUGAGCAAGUGGUAGGCAAUAUGGUGCAUUGGAAUGAAAUACAAACAAACUAAGUGCAGAAGGCAGUGAACUUUUCAUUCUCAUUGAUUUCUCUUUUCAUUUAUUGCCAAUUUUCAGAACUCUACCAGCUUCAAAAAUGUCAACUAGAAUAGUCAGCUUCUUUCCCCUGUCAUUAGACUGGCGUUCUAUAAAAAUAAUUAGGCAGACGUAUUUCUUAUAUCUCUACCUAUCUAAUUAUAAAGUAUCAUACACACUGGCUCCCUGCCCCACAUUUGGAAACUUUGCAUAGGGAUGGUUGCUCUUCUGCUCUUCUUCAAAUGAGCAGUUCAGAAUUGGUGGGAUUGUGUAAAAUAUUUUAAAAUGAAUGCACAAAAUUGGAAUAAUGAUGCCUGUUGAAAUAGCUGUAUCUAGUUCAGCCUGUGAGAAAACUCAUUUCCUAGGAAUGUGUUUGAAGCUGCAUAGUCAAGAGAUACUUAGUCAAGUUUACAAAAUUUCCCCUCAGCCUCAGCUAACUAGUACCAUGUAGGAGCUACUUUUCCCCUUAUUUUUUUGUCCCGUAGCUGUGUCUAUUGUUAUAAAACUUAGCAAAUAAGCACCCCUAUCUUUCAAUUUAACUGUGAUAGUACAUGCCCACUCACACACACUGACACACAAACACUAGACUAUUUGCCCUGAUGAACUUGCCUGUCAGUUUUGAGAGCUAUGCUUUGUUUUUUUAAGGUAUGUUCUUACUGAAAAUAUGUAGACAUUAAAGAUUUAUGACAUUCGAUUUGGAAUAGGCCAGUAGUUCAUUGACUUCUCUUACCCUAUUUGCUCUACCUUCUAUUGUAUCUUUUCUUUCUUCCAAUGUUUCAGGGCAGCUGCUUCUAAAGCUGUUUUAACAAUAAAUAACUUUUAUGUUGUCAGUGACAGUUGCACACAUUCUUGACUGAUAUUCUAAAUGGAAGAUAUUAUCAUGAAAAUAUACUCUAAGAAAUAUGGAGAAGUGCCUCUUUAAAAAUGAGAUAAACAGUGAUACUAGAACAUGGAUUGUAUCUGUACUCUCUUCCAAAAAGUAACUACGAUUAUAUGGUACAGAGGAAAUAUAGCUAUCAUUUGAAGAAGGCUGUUUGAGGCCUUAUUAUAAGCAUUCCUGUACAGUGUAAGUCUUUAUUGUGUAAGUCCAAUAUAGUAACUUGAAUGCACUAUCGACAAGCCUGGCACUAUGCUAAAACAAUAUACAGGUAUUAAAUAGAGUUUUGCAAGCAAGUUUUUGAAGUGGGCAUGCAUUUUUUUCUUCUCUUUCUAUAAUAGUUUGCAUAAAUGUAGGCAAAAACAUUUCUUAAGUCUUUUCAUAUAAAAUGCUUGUUUACUUUACAGUACUAAAAAUUCAUAUAUUCAUAAGCAGAAAAGCCAAACAGCUAGGGUCCCUUUAAUUUUGUAAACUAGGUCACUUUGUUAAAUUAAACAUUUGAAGUAUCUGUAAUGUUCCUGAGGGAACAGAAAUGUGUCUCAUGCAUCAAGAAAAUGGAGAGUUGUUUUAGACAUUGGAGAACAUACUUAUUACUCUUGACAAAAGGAAAACCCUUAGACUCAUGGCAGUGAGACUUUAGGGACAGACCUCCUUUUCUUCUAGAAACAACCUAAAGGGUUAUGGACAUGUUUAUGGUCCUUUAGAAAAGUUAUAUCAGGAAAACCUGCUGAGAAGCUAUGCAUUCUUCUGUUGAUUUAUCUAAAUGUCUAAUUGGUCUGGUUAGUUAAUAAUUUAUCUCUUUUGCUUCUUACUUUGUAGUAAUAUAAUUACUUGAAAAAUUGCCAUGAGCCAUGGGGAUAUUUCAGAAUGAUUUUUCACUCACAGAAUAAAAUGAACAGAGCUCUGGCAUGGUAUUUGAACUUUAGGAUAUGGUAUUUACAUUUUUACAUCAAUAACUUAGUAGGCAUAUGUUUCAUUUAAUAUGUACUAAAUAGAUACAUAACCUAAAAAAUGAUGGUGCAUUUUAAAUUUAUGAGGCCAUUAGAUCAUGUAAGACUCAGCUGGUAAUAUAAAAUAUAUUGAAACAAAAUUGUCAAGUGGCUAAAUAUUCAGGGUGUAUAAUUAUCUUCAGUAGUGAAAACUAUUUGUUUUUUGUUUUAGUUGCUUUCCAAUAUGCUAUUGAAACUAUUCAGCAUUACUUUUACUUGAAAUGGGGCAAAUGGGGCAAAUAAGUAAAACUACGAAAGGACACUUGGCCUUGAAACAUUACUAUAUUAUGAUCUUAAUGGCUUAGAGCAGAUAAUUUUUUUCACAAAAUCAAGUUUUUAUUUUGUAAACAUCCAUAGGUUAAUGCCCCAUGUUGAGAUAAUACUAUGAAGUCUUUUCUGUGUUGAGUAUAGUAAUUUAUUCUCUUGAGUUGUAGGAAAAAUAUAUAAAAUAGUAAUUCUAUGGAUUGAAAUACUCAAGUUGUGCUGGAGGGGUGAAAAUGAUACUGUUGAAAAAUUAAAAAAAAUUAGGAACCAAUAAGUAUAGGACUUAAAUAUAAUAAAUGCACUUUUAUAGUUCACAGUGGACAUUGUUACAGUUUAGAAGGUGUUUGGUCAGUGCUCAACUUAGUUUAAAUGCAAAUAUUUUUGUCCUUAAUAAUAUCAAUGCAUUUAUUAUUCUGUUAUAAUUAUUUCUUGUAGUGAAUGAGGGGGACAUAAAGGAACAGUGAAAUAAAUUCUAACAAACCUUUUAAAACUGAAUUGAUCCUUAAAUCUUUUGAGAAAUUGCAGUAAAGUAUGUAUAAUGGGUUUAUAAUAGAGGUGCAAAGCAUUGUCUUUGUUGCUAAUAUAGUUUUCAUAUUUGUUGAAAAAUAAAUAAAACUCCAAAGACCAAGUAAUUUUUGUUUUCAAAACUUCCAGAAAAAGUAAGAUGUAUAAGAGGUCAUUAUACAAAUCUUUGAUAAGAAUACUAAGCUA